AUGUCGUGGCACGGCCUCCCAGUAGAACUGAAACGGAAGGUCUUUCAAUACAUCCAUGACGAUGCCUCAAAGCCAUCUUCGAGAGCAUCGUGCUCAGUGGUAUGCAAGGGGUGGCAGAUGGUCAUCGAGGAGAAAACCUUGGAGACGCUGGAGGUCACGCCCAAAUGCCUCUACGAGUUCGAGAAGAUCUUCUCGGGGAGCCUGCGACGUCAAGGCUGCCUCAAACACCUGUGGUUCCGUAUCGAAUUACCAACAUAUAGUCGACUGCCCAGUGAUACUGGGGAAACAUCAGAAGAGGAAGACACGGAAUUGUCGGUCUCCUCGGACGCCCUGCUACGGCUAUUCACCGUGCUGAGCAAGUGGGAUGCGGACCAGGUCCUGGAGCGAAACGGCCGUGGCAUCAAUCUGGAGCUUAGCGCACACUCUCCAAGUGACCAGGGCAACAUGUCUGGGGCAGCGGGUUUGACGUCGAUGGGCGAGGACAGGUUUCUCCCUGUGGAGGUCUCCCUGGUAGGCGAUGAACUCCCCUCGGUCAGCAACGUGACUGGUUUGAGUUUGCUGCGUCGCAACAUGCGCAGAUUUCGCCACACGACAAUCUCCGACUUGGUUGCCUGUAAACUCCUUCGACUUGAUGAUAUCCAUCUCGAGCUCUGGCACCACCCUUCCGGAUUGUGGGCCGAUAUCUUUGAUUCUUGGCUUGCUGAAGGGGUGAACCGUUGGGCAGUCUCGCUGAAGAAAAUCAACAUCUUCCAACACUGCGAGACCUUCCAAGGCCCACGAGCAAAGAAAGACGCAACCCUCGCCAGAAACAUUGAAGAUCUUGGUCGACGCAGCCACUCCCUGGAGGAGCUCGGGCUCUGUAACUUGAUAGAUGCCCGACAUUUCUUUGAAUCCUUUUCUCGUCCCCGAGCAACACCUCGCCUACCAAGCUGGAAAAACUUGCGACACCUUACCCUGACUUCGGGGCUCAUAGCGAAAGACGCGGACUCGGCUUCUCCUCGCGAUCUUUUGCAAUCAGCUGCGACGGCAGCGAAACGAAUGCCAGCAUUGCACUCCCUAGAGAUCUACAACGCGACCACGGCCGGCGCUGGCAUCUUCCAGUACGUAAUCUUGGACCCGAUAGCCGUGAUCAAUUGGGCAAGUAUCUGGCCUUAUAACCUCGCGGAUGACGUGAAGCGUGCGUGGAAACAAGUCGCACAGUGUCAUCGACUGACGCCCACGACUCUCGAGGAGACGCUGAUCCACGGCUACGAAGGCCCCGCGGUCUUCGUCCACUGCUAUGUGGUAUCGAGGGCCCUUGUCCUGCACCCUUCAUCUUCAGAGGCUAUGAUUGGGGAUCGAGUAUUCGAAGAUCCGCUGGUGAGGAUGGGACUGAAGCGUUGGGCAGUCACUUGUCUACACAAGGAAAGGGAGAAUGAGGCUCUGGCGCGCAUCACUCUGAGCGUGAACAACCCCGAGGUCGAGGAGCAGGAGCUGCGCCUCGUCACUCUGGAGGUCUUCCCCGACAUGACCCUCGGCACACUGCGAAGUUCCAUCGAAGCCGAAGGCAUACCCGCCCCUGCCCAGCACCUCUACCACGACGGACAGCUGAUCACCGACAACAACAAGACCAUGCAAGAGCUCUCUAUUACCGAUGGGGACAUGCUAGCGCUACACAUCCGGGACAUGCGAGGCAGCGGUGUCGCACCCGGCCCCCGGGAGCAGCCGGCAGCGGCCCCAAGAAGACAGGCCUCCGCGCCCCAGGACCCCGAGCUCAUUCGACUGCAGGUGCUAGGCGAUCCUAGAUUGAGAGCCGAACUGCAGCGGAUAAAUCCACAGCUUGCUGCCAACGUGGACGACUCACAGCGCUUCGCACAGUUAUUCCAACAAAGCACAAACCAGCAGGAUGAGGCACGUCGUGCGCGCAUGCGGGAGAUUGAAGCUUUGAACAAUGAUGAGUUCAACCCUGAGGCCCAGGCCAAGAUUGAAGAGCUGAUCCGCCAAGAAAGCGUGAUGGAGAACCUCCAGAACGCCAUGGAGUAUAAUCCGGAGUCUUUUGGUCGGGUACACCUACUGUACAUCGAUGUCAAGGUCAACGGCAUCAAGGUGAAGGCUCUGGUUGACUCGGGUGCUCAAGCGACAAUCAUGUCCCCGUCGUGCGCCGAGUCCUGCAACAUCAUGCGUCUCGUGGACAGACGGUUUGCUGGUGUAGCUCGAGGAGUGGGAACUGCGAACAUCAUUGGUCGCGUUCAUUACACCAUGCUCCAGGUCGGAUCUAAGCAUCUGCCAGCCUCGUUCACUGUCAUGGAGGGUAAGGCAGUCGACCUGUUACUUGGCCUGGAUAUCCUCAAGGGUCACCAAGCAACCAUCGAUCUCACCCAGAACUGUCUCGUCAUUCAGGGCGAAAAGGUCGAGUUUUUGGGCGAGUCAGAUAUUCCCAAGGAGACCGAAGAUGCCAUGAACGAGGAGCCUACCGUCCAGGGACCGGGAGGUACGACAAUCGGCGCUCGCUCCGGCGCUGUCACAGCACCCACGACGGGGUCAUCCUCAACCCCCCCUGCACCAGCAGCCGCCGGUCCCUCCUCGGCGGCGCCCAUGGCUUCGCGGCCUGCCGCUCCAGCAGCUCCCGCUCAACCCCCCGCUCAGGCGCAGCCUCGGAGAGCAUUCCCCGAGCAGGACAUCUCCACACUGAUAGAACUAGGCUUCGACCGACAAUCGGCCAUCAAUGCCCUGGAGGCAACUGGCGGUAACGUCGACUACGCCGCUGGCCUUCUCUUCCAGAACUAG